GCCUCCGCCAAAGACUGGGACUUUACUCCAGCGGCUGCGGCGGCGGCAAACCAGUUAGAGCUCCAUCAGCUGCCGCAGGCGCCGCGCCCCGAGGCUGAGACGCGAUGAGCGGCAGAGUGGGUGACCUGAGUCCCAAACAGGAGGAGGCAUUGGCCAAGUUUCGUGAAAAUGUCCAGGACGUGCUGCCCACCCUGCCCAAUCCAGAUGACUACUUUCUCCUUCGAUGGCUCCGAGCCCGAAACUUUGACCUGCAGAAGUCAGAGGCCAUGCUCCGGAAGCAUGUGGAAUUCCGGAAACAAAAGGACAUUGACAACAUCAUCAGCUGGCAGCCACCAGAGGUGAUCCAACAGUAUCUGGCAGGCGGCAGGUGUGGCUACGACCUGGAUGGCUGCCCAGUCUGGUACGACAUCAUUGGGCCUCUGGAUGCCAAGGGUCUGCUAUUCUCCGCCUCCAAGCAGGACCUGCUCAGGACCAAGAUGAGAGACUGUGAGCUGCUUCUGCAGGAGUGUGCCAACCAGACCACAAAGCUGGGGAAGAAGAUCGAGACCAUCACCAUGAUUUACGACUGUGAGGGACUGGGCCUCAAGCACCUCUGGAAGCCAGCAGUGGAGGCCUAUGGAGAGUUUCUCUCCAUGUUCGAAGAAAAUUAUCCGGAAACACUAAAGCGUCUGUUUGUGGUUAAAGCCCCCAAGCUGUUUCCUGUGGCCUAUAACCUCAUCAAGCCCUUCCUAAGUGAGGACACUCGUAAGAAGAUUAUGGUCUUGGGGGCGAACUGGAAGGAGGUUUUACUCAAACAUGUCAGCCCUGAACAGUUGCCCGUGGAGUAUGGAGGCACUAUGACCGACCCUGAUGGAAACCCCAAGUGUAAAUCCAAGAUCAACUAUGGGGGUGACAUCCCCAAGCAGUAUUACGUGCGGGACCAGGUGAACCAGCAGUAUGAGCACAGCGUGCAGAUCUCCCGAGGCUCCUCCCACCAGGUGGAGUACGAGAUCCUUUUCCCGGGCUGUGUGCUCAGGUGGCAGUUUAUGUCGGAGGGAUCAGACGUGGGUUUUGGGAUUUUCCUGAAGACCAAGAUGGGGGAACGGCAGCGGGCAGGGGAGAUGACAGAGGUGCUGCCCAGCCAGAGGUACAAUUCCCACAUGGUUCCUGAGGACGGGACCCUCACCUGCAGUGAGCCAGGCAUCUAUGUCCUGCGGUUUGACAACACCUACAGCUUCAUCCAUGCCAAGAAAGUCAGUUUCACUGUGGAGGUCCUGCUUCCAGACAAAGCAGCAGAGGAGAAGAUGAACCAGCAGGGGGCGCCCGCCCCCAAAUAACAGCUCCUCCGGCAGCGGCAGGCCUGCCCCGCUCAGUUUCUUGUAGUAGUCACUUUUCCUACAAUCUAGUAGCCCGAAGAAACUGGGCUGGAGGGAAGACUUCAGACCGCACAGGAGACUCCCAAAGAGGACGAACAGCUAGAGUGGGUCCUUGUCACCAGACUGCUAAGGGGUCUCCAGAGACUGUCUGAAAUGUCUACCCUUGGAGACUUGCCAACUUCACCCGUCCAGCGACAGCUGAGACAGGGAGGGGAAGGGUACCCAGGAUGGCAGCAGGGAAGAAAUUAGAAAGAAGGGAAGAGAUUGGCAUGUCACACUCAGGGAAGCCAGCUGCUGGGGCGACACUUGCUCCGAAAUGAACAUGGAACAAACCUCCAUGAUCGUAAUGAUGGCUGCAAGGGAGCCGGCUGCUAAACACGUGAUGGGAAUCCAGAGCUCUUCCAAACUUUUUGUAAAAGGCUUGAGUAUCUUCUCCCGCCCCCCAAGUCUCAGGGGUGACCCAAAUCAGCACUGGAAGGCAAAUGGAGAGCUUCUCUCUUCCCUUGAGAACCUCACCGACUCCUGGGCCCCACUGGCUGCCAGGGGCCCGGAGUUUUGUGGGACUCGGGUACCUAGCCACUGUUGUCCAGUGGAAAAGUGAAACCUUCCAAAAGCACAAGGGUAAUUACCCUCAGGGAUCACAGAUCUGAAAGGGCCAAGGAGGCUGUGGGUGGGUCCUAAGCCUCUCACGAAGGAAGCCACUACCUGAGCAGCCCUACCCAAGAAUGAGAAGUGGGCACUUCCCAGUCUGAGGCUCCCACAGUGCCUGAGAACCAGUCUCCUGCCUGACCUGAGCGAGGGCUUGGCAGGCCCUUCUCUGGGGCGGCGUGUAAGGGCAGCAGUGGGUUCCUCUUGCCUGUGAACACAAGCACCCAGGGAGGGAGGCUGCCCGGGAAGGUGGCCACACGUCAGGCAAGCAUGUGAGCCAGGGGCGCGGGGCGGCCACAAGCGACCUUGCAAUAGCAGCUCUUGACCCUACACAACUUGCGAGCGAACGCCAGGUUACAGACCGCCCAGAAUGCCUGGAACGCGGCCCCAGGCCCUUGCGGGGACCCCCCUUCUCCUCGGAACGAGGCCCCGGCCCAGCCUGAGGACUCAUUCACUAAGCAGAGGGAGCACUGAGCAGGUGCAGCGCUCGCGACCGGAGAGCCGACGCUACCCAGGAUCUAGGCACAUAUCUCAGGCGCAUUUCCUGGCCUUGGUUUACAAUGCUGUUAGGUACAUUAACCAAUGAAUAAAACAAUUUUCAAAGCGAA